AUGUUAUUGUAAGUUGUAAAAGACAUCUUGAUUUUCUUUAGAAGUUUAGAAAACCGAUAGAAGAAGAGAAUGAGGUGAUGAUUGAUGCCUCCCUCCUCUCGUGCCCCGUCUGCUACAACGUCUUCUCGGAUGCUCCACUCGUUUUACCUUGUGGUCACACUUUCUGUUCCGAUUGUUUCAAGCAAAUAAAUAGGAAGAGGGGAGUUGAUGUAAGUGCAACCUAAGAGUAUUAUAUUUUUUAGGGUUCUUGCCCAAUAUGCAGGAAACCUUUUAUAAAAGGGAAGAUUUAUCCCAAGAAUUAUAUGGUUGAGUCGAUAUUACACUCAAUGUGUUUGGUGAAUGAGAAAACUGAAGAAGUGGAGGAGAAGUCCACUAAGAAUAGUCUUGCAUUUGCGGUAAGUGGAGUGUCGCUAAUACUAUUUUGAUAUCUGUUUUACACAAAAGGAUUGUAAGAAAAAUCUGUUUCCCCGUGACUUUGAAACUAAAUGCUGGGAAUUAUUGGGUUGUGUAUGGAAAUAAUUUUAGGUCGCUCGUCUCCAGAAGCAAAAUGAAAUGCUGACAAAGGAGAAAUUCGAGUUAAGAAAAGCCAUGGCUGAACAAGAGAAACUGAUCAGAUGGUUGUGGUGUUUGUUGGUGGGAGUGACAGUACUAUUUACUGCUGCCUUGAUGUCAAUAACGUAA